AUGUCGGACUCGUCUUUGGAUAGUCCUAAUGGUCGCGGCCUGGCCUGGAUCUUUGAUCAUUGUCAUCGUUACCCAAACUCCUACGAAAUCCCCCUCCGCACCAUGUACACCAUCAAUUGCAAUCCCGCCAAGAACCCCAACGCCAACCGUAACCCGGAGACCGCCUUCUCCCCGCGCAGCUCUACCUCCACCAAGUCUUCUCAGUCCGAUGACUCCGUCGAUGCUGGUGCCGACUUUCGUUCCCAGCUCAUUUACCAAAUCUCUCGCCUGCCAUCGCAGCCCUGCACCCUCCCCCCCGCCUUCUUGGUCUCUUUCUUGCGCCGUGUUUGGGUCGCCGACCUCGAUCUGGUGGAUUUCCCCCAAGCCUUGACUGCUCUGGAUUACUUGAAGGACCUGCAAUGUCGCUGGACAAAAGAGCUCCUCAAUGUCACCCAGCGCCUCAAUAUCACUCGUGCUGAUGUCGAAGACCCUCUUCAGUCCGGCCUGGCCUUGAACUACCCAGGUGUCAUUUCUUGGCUGGAGGCCAUGAAGAGCAAAGGCCGCCACAUGGAGGCUUUGUACACCCAGAUUUACGUCGGCUUGCGUCGUUGGACCUUGAUUAACGAAAUGAUGCUUGACCCCACCAACAAAGUCGCUCACAUUGCCCUGCUCAAUACCCUCUUCCCGCCUGUCUCGGAUUCGACCCCUACACCGACCGCCCAAUUGACCCACCACAUCCUCAAGGUGCAGCGCACCGGGUUUUUCACUUGGAUCCACGCCGUCGGAGACAAGGGCUGUGAAAUCUUGACUCCGGUCCUCCGCCAGGGUGCUCCUGCGGGCGAAGAGACCAGCUGGCCUAUUGUCCGCGAAUCUGUCGAGAACUACCUGACAAUGGCACAGGAGAUGAUCGACGAAUGUGUCUUGAUCCUUGAGCCGACUUCCCUCGAGGUUCAAUCCCCUCAAUCCACCCAUCGCCCCAAGGGUCGCAAAGUCGACUCCGGCAUCAGCUUUACUUCGUCCACUGGCAAUUUCAGCAUCUCGGAGAGCUCCCAGGAGAAGCCUCUUCCCCAUUUUCCUAUCCCUAACAACACCACCCCUGCCAAGUCCACUGGUUCGGCUAUGGAGCGCUUGGCCACUGAAAUUCGCCGAUUGGGUCUCGGCAGCAAGACCAAAAACUUGAAGAAAAUGAAAUCUACCACUGCCCUUGGCAUGCGGCCUAAUAGCCGGGAUAGUUACGAAAGUUCUUACUUUGAAAUCGAUGAGCAGAAGCGCCGCCGUUUGAUUGGUGAAGCUACGAGUCGCAAAACCUCGCAGACACACGAUUCCACCCCCCAUGCCCUGUGA